AUGCUUUAUGUUAUUGAACGUAUUAAUCAUGAUUGUGGUAGUCAUUUUGAUUUUGUUGUUAAUUCAAUAUUUCCUGAAUUAACACAAUGUCUUGAACAAUCAUCACAAAAUUUUUUUUCUGCUGCUGAUCCGGAUAUAUUUCAUGAAAGAUAUUUAUCAUGGUUAAAAUUUAUUUCUCUACUUGAAAGUGAUUUAUCGAAAUUAAGUAAACAAAAUUUAAAAAAUUCGAAAGCUUAUCAAGAUUUUUCAUCACGAUGGGAUGUUAUUGUUUAUUAUCAAAUAAGAUUUUUAGAAAUUUCAAAUUCAAUUGAAAAUAUUCUUCUUAAUCAACCAUUUAUAUUAAAUAAUGAACAAAAUUCACCAUAUAAAACUUUAAUUACAUCAACAAUAUUUCAAUCAAUUGAUCGUUGUUGGCAACCAAAUAUAUUUCUUGAACCAUUAUCUCAUGAAUUCUGGAAAUUAACAUUACAAUGUAUUGUUCGAUUUCGAAUAUGGAUUGAAACAUUCAAUGCAAAAACAAUGGAUAUGAAAUUUCUCGUGAAUCUCUAUGUUGAUCUGCAAGUAUUUUCAAAUAAGAUAAAAACACUUUUUCAAGAGAUUAUACUUAGUCAACGACUUAUCUCACUUACUUCAAUAUCAUCAAAUAUAGCAAUAGAAUUAACACAUGUUUUGGAUGAAAUACUUUCAGGUUUAAUGAAUAAAUCACGUAUGGAUUUGAAAAAUUUAAUUAUUCAACAAUUAAUUGAUCGAUGUAAUGAAACUCUUCAUUCUGUACAAGAAAUUCCUCGAAUGUAUAGAAAAACAAAUCGAGAAGCACCUACGAAACCAUCAAAUUGUAUUCUUGCUACAUUCCGUCAUUUACAAACAUUUUCCGAUGAUUAUAAUGGUACAUUAUUAAGUUCAGAUGAGUGUCAAGAAUUUUUAACAAUUACUAUGGAAGAAAUUACUAAACGUUAUUAUGAUUUAUGUUCGGAAAUAUUAUCAUCGGUACGAAAAAUGGAAGAAAGUAUGCAACGUCUAAAACGUGUUCGUGAAUCUUCAAGAACUCCAUCAAAUCAAUCACAAAAUAUGACAACAUCAGCAUCAGUUACAUUAACAGAUGAUAAUAAAAUUCGUAAACAAAUACAAAAUGAUGUUACUGCAUUUACUACUGAACUGGAAAAACUCAAUAUUCAUAUUGAGUCAUCGAAUAAAUUAACUAUUCUUAAUGAAGAAAGUCAAGUACAAAUUUAA